UUUUUUUUCUGUUUUGGAACGGGAGCAAGCAAGCGUCAAGACCAAGUGCGAGGACGUGAUCUCGAGGAUCAGUUGAGAGAGAGAAGAGGGAAAGAUGGCGACAGUGAUACCCCCGCGAAGCCGGAAGCGGGUAAGGCUCGACAAGGAGAGAGAGGCGAGGGAGCUCGAGGAGCUUGCGUCGGCAGGCAAGCUCAAUCCGUCGUCGCAGACGCUCGUUGUCCAGUUCCAGUCGGGCCAGGAUGGCAGCAGCCUCGGCCCACCAAUCUCGCUCCCGGCCCAAACGGGGCAGCGGGAGCUCAAUGCCAUCGUCAACCAGCUCCGAAGAGAGAUCCGAAAAGAGAAGAGGAAGAAGCGGACGCGAGAGGAGAAGGAGCAGGAGGGCGAGGAUGAUGACGAUGAUGAUGAUGACGAGGACCUGCCCUUUGCCUUUCACGUCUCUGUCGGGGGCUCGGGCGAGGGAGGAUCAGCGGUCAAUGCCGCCACGAGACUGGCCAUCAGUAAGAGUCUGGACGAAGACGUGCUCAAUGCGGCGGCGGCCAAGAAGCUCGGUCUGAGCGAGGAAGACACGCUGCGCAUCGUCUUUGAGCCCCAGGCCGUCUUCCGAGUGCGGCCAGUCCGGAGAUGCUCAUCUACCUUGUCGGGACAUGCCUCGCCGAUUCUCUGCUCCGUCUUUAGCCCCACGUCGCAGCUCCUAGUCACUGGCUCGGGUGACAAGACGGCGCGCAUGUGGGAUCUGACAUCAGAACUGCCACUUCAGACGCUGUCCGGGCACAAGGGAUGGGUCUUGUGUGCAGAGUGGGAAGGAAGAGAACGGAAGCUGGCUACCGGCGACAAGGAAGGCGAGGUCCGGAUAUGGGAUGCCAUCGAUGCUAGCGAGGGAAAGGUGGGCAAGCGUGCGUGGGGACCACGAACAGGCAAGCAGGUCGACGAGGAGCGAGCAGCAGCGGCGGCGGCUGAAGCAGAGGCGGGGGGAGAAGAGCCAGAAAGCCUGGCGCGGCUAAAGGCGAAGGAGAAGCGCGCGCUACGGUAUGCAGCCCCGACGAGCCACCUUCUUCGAGGACAUACCAAGUGGAUCACAUCGCUGGCAUGGGAGCCGAUCCAUCUCAACCCUACCUCUCCACGCCUGGCGUCGUCGUCAAAAGACGGCACUGUGCGGGUCUGGAAUGUGUCGAGACGGAUAUGCGAAUACGCGCUAGGAGGGCAUACGGCCAGCGUCAAUGUCGUGCGGUGGGGCGGAGAUGGUCUCCUCUACACAGCCUCGUCUGACCGAUGCGUCAAGGUGUGGGACGCAAAGGAUGGCAAGCUCGUCCGGACGUUGCAAGAUCAUGCGCACUGGGUCAACACCCUCGCCCUCAGCACUGAUCACGUCCUCCGGACCGGUCCCUUUGACCACCACGGCCGUGUCUUGGACAGCCUCCCGGGCGAAGGAGGGCAGGGUGAUCAGAACGAGGAAGCAUUCGAUCAAGCUGCUCAAAAGGCCGCGCUGAAACGAUACAAGGAAGCCACAUCGCACGGUAAGAAGCCUGAAGUAGCCAUCUCGGGCUCUGAUGACCACACGCUCUUCCUCUGGCCUCCUCAAUCGGCCACGGCCACUCUCGAGCCAUCCGUGGCGUCUCCAAAGAAGCCACUGGCGAGACUGACGGGCCACCAGAAAACCGUCAACCACGUCGCCUUUUCCCCCGACGGCAACCUCGUCGCCAGCGCGAGCUUCGACAGCAGCGUCAAGCUCUGGCAUGGCCGCACUGGCAAAUUUGUCGCCUCGCUGCGUGGGCAUGUGUCGAGCGUGUACCGGCUCGCAUGGAGUGCAGACAGCCGCAUCAUCGUCAGCGCCAGCAAGGACAGCACCAUCAAGCUGUGGGACCUCAAGACGUUCAAGAUGCGUCAAGAUCUCCCAGGCCACGAAGACGAAGUGUACUGCGUCGACUUUGCCGGCGACAAAGUGGCCAGCGGCGGCCGAGACAAGGUACUCAAGAUCUGGCGCAAUUGAUCAUCUUUUUCUUUCUCAUGG